UACGCAGUCAGACGGCGCGUACGCAUCCUCCUUGAUGCUGAAUACACGUACCUGAACCCGGCUCUGUCCCUGGUCACCAUGACGAUGAUGGCGAAGUUUAAUUCAUCACAAGCCUGGAUAUGGAACACAUAUCAGUGUUACCUGAAGGCCGUCUCGGAGCUGAUCGCGGCUGAUAUACACACAGCUGCGGAACGGAGAGUGUGUUUCGGACUGAAACUGGUCAGAGGGGCGUAUAUGGAUAAGGAGAGGGCAUCAGCCCUGACCCAGGGGAGGUCAGACCCCAUCGCUGAGAGCUGGGAGGCCACUAACAUCAGUUACCAGAGAGUUUUGGACCAUUUGUUGGAAUUAAGCGCGAAACACAGAGACAAGUAUCGCGUCAUCGUGGCCACUCACAAUGAACACUCGGUUCAACACACUCUUGGCAGAAUGCGGGAAUUGAACAUAGAGAAAGAUGAUGGAAUUGUUUGUUUUGGACAGUUGAUGGGCAUGUGCGACCAUGUGUCAGUCACCCUGGGCAUGGCCGGCUACAUGGUGUACAAGUCGCUGCCCUACGGAGCGGUGGACACAGUGAUCCCGUACCUCGUGCGCAGAGCUCAGGAAAACCAGGCCGUUCUCCAGGGAGUGAGACAGGAGCAGAAGCUACUGCGGAGAGAACUGCGUCGGAGAUUCCGACUGCCGGGCGCUCGAACUACGCCUUCCUGAACCGUCCCAUCAGCCGAUCAGCCCCCGAGGAUCACAGCGGGAACGGGCAGGAGGUCCGGCGGCAU